AUGCACUUCUUCAAACUCAUCACCACCCUCGCCGCCGCCGUCUCGGUCUCGGCCAUCGACAUCCAGAAACACUUUGGCCAAAACUGCGGCGGCAACUUCCGCGUCUGCAGAGCCAUCGACCCGAACCGAUGCUGCGUCGGCGCCACGGCCGAGAGCGUCCUCUUCCGCUACAUCCCGUCCAACUGGCGCAUCGAGACCCGAGGCUACGACGGCGGCGACUGCCGCAACCGCCGUGCCACCAUCCUCUCGGCCGGCGCCACGUCCGUCUGCAUGCGCUCUGGCGGGUUCCUCUUCACCGGUGCCGGCUACGGCUUUGUGAACAGGAAGAGGGCGCCUCAGGAGGCCGGCGAGGAGACGUGUGCUGCCGCUGAAGGUGAGGGGCAGGAGCAGAAGUGCGAGUCUAGCCAGGAGCCUGAUACUCUGGUUCUUGUUGACGGGUCCGAGUAUAACCUUGUUGGUCUUGAGGCCGACAAGCUUGACAGACUGAUGAUCUCCGAUCCCAACGUCACUUCUGCCGCCGAUAUUCCUGACGAGUUCACGCCUCUGCGAAAGUAA